CUUGCGAAACAGACCAAACAGACCAGACCGGGGUUUGGGGCUUGAUAAGUUAAUGAGAGAAAAUAAAAAGUAUUCCUUAGUUGUUCAUUUUCUCGAAAUCUGAAUGCACAACCUAGAUUCAAGACAAGUACUUAAGUAGCUGAACAUGUUAUUACUCCAACCUCGAGAAAGUGAUAAACUGAAACAUUUUUAUUUAGUAUACAACAACUUUAUAUCGAAGGAGUGCCUUUGAUUUGUUUGAGUUUAGCGCGAGACGACCAUCAGACACGAUUACGUUUUUAUACGCAUGCGCUUUGCUAGUCAACGUCGCCAUGACAUCGCCUACAACUGUGAUCGGGGAUUUCUAUUGGAGAAGCAGUUUUACCCUAUCUUCAUAUUGUACUGUCUUUGGUUUGGAGCAUGGAGUGUGUAAACAAGAUGGAGGCGUUUCUGACAUCCAGCACUUCUACAUGGGCAAUCGAUGAUAUCGGUCAAGUAGCAUACAAGAUCUGAGGAUCCCUGCAUCGAUUCAUUGACGCUGGCAGACCAGUUUUGCAGUCUUGGCAAGUACCCCGGAUUUAUUCGGUACAUGGGAUGGAGGUAGAAAAUUAGAUCAGCUAAACAUUGUAGAAGAACUCAAUGAAAAUCAUAUACCUGAUUCACAAUUAAGUUGCCCACAACAUGACAUUCACCAAUAACCAAAGAAAGCUGCACACAUCACAACACUGCAGGUCCCAGGUGUCACAAGGACAUGGCUAAGGAGGGAAUAGGCCUAUAUCAUCAGAGAACAAAGAACUAAACCAUUCCCUCAUACCAUAGCCAGACAUUGUAAUAUUGGACAGUACCCAAACUCAGUCCACUCACUUCUCUGCUCAAGCAGUGCUGCAUGGUCAGCAGGUUAAGGUGAACAUUCUGUAGCCUUUCUGCAGUUGCAGCAUCCUGCAUUUCAAUAUUCAGUAUUGGAAUAUUUUUCUUGCAAUUUCGUACAGUCCGACCCAGGGCAUCCAGAAACAAACAGUACAGUAGUAUUAAAGAACAGUCAAGUUGCUGAAGGGGCAACCAUGAAUGACGAGGACAUCCAUGAACACAUGGACUAUUUGGAGAAUGACUUGACCAUGUGCAUGGAAACCUUCAUCCACCGCAUCGACUCCACUGAAGUCAUCUACGAGCCGCGGAGGAAGAAGGCCAAGCUGAUUGGGAAGUACCUGAUGGGAGACCUGCUGGGGGAGGGCUCCUACGGGAAGGUGAAGGAGAUGCUGGACUCUGAGACCCUCUGCAGGAGGGCAGUCAAGAUCCUCAAGAAGAAGAAGCUGAGACGCAUCCCCAAUGGGGAGCAAAAUGUAAAAAAAGAGAUUCAGCUGCUACGAAGAUUAAGGCACAAGAAUAUUAUCCAGUUGGUUGAAGUUUUGUAUAAUGAGGAGAAGCAAAAGAUGUAUAUGGUGAUGGAAUAUUGUGUAUGUGGAAUGCAGGAGAUGUUGGACAGUGUUGAUGAGAAAAGGUUUCCAGUCUUUCAAGCUCAUGGGUACUUUUGCCAGCUGCUAGAUGGCUUGGAAUAUUUGCACAGCCAAGGAAUAGUUCACAAAGAUAUUAAACCAGGGAAUCUACUGCUGACGACGGAUGGCGCACUAAGAAUCUCCGACCUGGGUGUAGCAGAGGCGCUGCACCCAUUUGCAGAGGACGACACAUGUUGUACGAGCCAGGGCUCUCCGGCCUUCCAGCCCCCAGAGAUUGCCAACGGCCUGGACACCUUCUCAGGGUUCAAAGUGGACAUCUGGUCUGCUGGUGUCACACUUUAUAACAUAACAACCAGCCUGUACCCUUUCGAAGGUGACAACAUCUAUAAGCUGUUUGAGAACAUUGGGAAGGGAGACUACAGUGUUCCAGAGGAGUGUGGCCCUCUGCUCUCUGGCCUGUUAAGAGGAAUGCUUGAGUAUGACCCUGAGAAGAGGUUCUCAAUACAAAACAUUAGACAACACAACUGGGUAAGGAAGAAACACCCUGCAACGGAGCCUCUGGUGCCCAUGCCCCCUAGUGCUGAUCGGAGGGACGCGUGGCGUAGCAUGACCGUACUGCCCUACCUGGAGCACCUGCACGGCUACGCCGACCAGGACGACGAGGAUGACGACGAACUCUUCUACGGAGACGGAGAGAUCAUCUACUCUCAGGGUUUCACUAUGACAGGUCGGGUGCAUGAGGAUGGGCUGGAGCAGAACGGGCACCAGGGGGGUUGUGUGGGGCCGGGGCUGGGGCUGGGGCUCAGGACCCUAUGUGUGAACGGCACGGAGACAGACCAGGACCACUACCCAACCACCAGCAGGACCAGGUCCCGAUCAGAACGCCUCUCCUCCUCCUCCUCCUCCAACCCCUCACGCAAAGGAGUGUCCACCUACAGCCGCAUCCGCAAGCUGUCCAACUGCAAGCAGCAAUGAGGGCAGCCCCUGGACCCCCAGCCCUGAACACAUAUACUGGACAGGUUUGUGUUCUCUAUUUUCCGGCUCCCUGACGUUUGGGUGAUGAAUGUUUUGACAGCCUGGUCUGCAGCAUGCAAUAACAGGACAUGAUGCACUACAGUGGUUUAUUUCACUAGUUAUUUUCUGUCUGACAACGUAAGUGAAGCUCCAGAGAGAAAUGGAGAAGAGGCUAGGACUUACCCCCUUCUGCAGAUCAUACUGGGAAUCCCACCCCUCACUGUAUGAAUGUAGCUCGUUUUAGACUACUACACUGUUUCUCCUACAGUUACUCUGUAUUAAAGCGCACAUUGUGAUGUGUAUUGAAUGACAUGGGUCAUUUCAAUAAACUACAAUAUUUGUAACGGUAAUAAGUAUGAUCAUUUAAUAAGAAAUGCAUUAACGGCAUAUGCAGGCUAAAGAAAAGGGAACUAUAGACAAGCCAAGGAUGCAUAACUAUUCGAGAAUGUCUUUGCUUUAGAUUUUUUUUUGCAUCUUUAGUUUUGGUGUUUUAGUCCCCAAAAUGGGUUUUAAUUAUUAUUUAUAUAAAAUGCACCCCAACCUCACCAGCUGUUUGUUCUGUGAUUUUUCUCUUUAUUUGUGGCUGUAUUAUAAAUAAAUGUAUCUUGUCAAUCAAACAA